CGGUGACAGCGCGGAGCGAGGGAGCGGCCCGGCGGGGCGGCGGGCGGCCGAGGGGCCGCGUCCCAGCAUGGCCUCGGGCGGCGGCGGAGGAGCGGGAGGAGGAGCCGGCGGCGGCGGCGGCAAGAUCCGGACCCGGCGGUACCACCUGGGAGCCGCGAAGCCUCCGUACGGCAGGAGCAGGCAGCAGGGAAUUAUUAGCAGAAUGACAGAAUCAGUGAAAAACAUCGUACCAGGAUGGCUACAGAAGUAUUUUAAUAAAAGUGAAGAUGAAUGUGUAGAUACAAAUGAAUCUACAAAUCAGGAAGAGAAUCCAGUAAAUUAUCAUCAUAAUUAUAGAGAUGAAGAUACCAUAAUGACCGAUGGGAGAGUCACACCUGAACCAGCAGGAAUUAACCUGGAAGAACCAUCCACGAGUAGAUCAGCACUGAACUUUUCGGUUGUGUUAACAAGGCCGUCUCUGCAUCGGAGCCAUUUGAACUGUACCGUGUUAGAUUCUGCUGUACCACCUUGUCAGCCCUCUACAUCUUCUACACUUGGCAUUGGCAAUCCUGGACUGUCUCUUGUAAAAGAAAUAAAAGAUUCUACCUCUCAGCACGAUGAUGAUAACAUCUCAACAACCAGUGGCUUCUCCUCUAGAGCGUCUGAUAAAGAUAUCGCAGUUUCAAAAACCAAUUCAGCACCACUGCUCUGGUCCACAGAAGCUGAAAGAUCUCAUUCCCUCUCCCAGCAUUCUGCAUCUAGUUCAAAGAAACCUGCAUUCAAUUUAUCUGCUUUUGGAGCUCUCUCUCCUUCGCUUGGAAACUCUUCUGUCUUUAAGACAAGCCAGCUUGGAGAUUCUCCAUUUUACCCUGGAAAGACCACUUAUGGUGGAGCAGCUGCAGCAGCAAGGCAGACAAAAGUGCGAAUUGCUCCUUAUCAGACACCAGUAAGAAGGCAGAUGAAAGCUAAACAAGCAAACGUGCAAUCCUAUGGUGUGACAAGUUCCACAGCACGGCGCAUCCUGCAGUCUCUGGAGAAGAUGUCAAGUCCUCUGGCAGACGCUAAAAGAAUUCCAUCUUCUGUUACCAGUCCGCUGUCUUCUCCUGUGGACAGAAGCGUGUUGGAUAUUACGGGCUUCCAUUCCUCUCGAAAACAGAUGGAAUCUCACCAUCCGCCUGUUCAAAAACUGGUGACACCAAAGGCAAUCUCUCUGUCAGGAAGUCGGACCCAGUAUUUUAAACCAUCUCUGACUCCAUCUGCUGAUUCUAGCAAAAUUCACCAGAGAGUAGAUACAAAGCACAAAGAAGUGAAAGAGAAGAGUUUGCCUGAAGAACAGCGUGUGGAACCAUCUGAAAGCAAUUUGACCUACCCCAAAUUCAGUACUCCUGCAUCCAAUGGUCUGACUUCAGGAGGAAGUGGUGGUGGCAAGAUGAGAAGGGAAAGAGGGGUACACUACGUAUCAAAGUCUGGACAAGAACAGGAAGUAGAGGAACCGGUGCUGCCGAAAAUAUCCCUGCCCAUCAGUACUGCAUCACUGGCUCCUUUCAACUUCAGUUUUCUGACUAGCAGUACUGUCUCGUCGUCACCAAGCACUGUUUCCACAUCAGUGAUGAACAAGGUACAACCAACAAGUAAUGUUGGCAGUCCUGUGUUCAGAUUUUCAUCUCCUAUUGUGAAAUCUACUGAGGCAGAAGUGCUACCUCCGUUGUCUCAGAUGGGGUUUACAUUCAGUGUUCCUGUUGUCAAAUCGGCAGAGCGCUCUGGAUGCAGCGAUACAGCAGCGACGCCCUUCCUUACCCGCGAUACCAGCGCUGUAAACAGCAUCAGCAAUAAAAAGGAAGAAAAAGAAGAGUAUGAUGGUCCCUUCAAACCUGCAAAGGUCUUAAAGGAAGGGAGUGUGUUAGACAUUCUAAGAAACCCUGGAUUUACAUCUGUAAAAACACAAUCCUCUGCAUCUGCACAGCCUAUCACAAGCACAGCGGUCUAUACAAGGCCUGCGAUAAGUAGUUUUUCUGCAGGUAAAGAGACCUCGAAACAAGCAUCGUCGUAUUGGCAGACUGAUCCGUGUGACCCAUGUUUGCAGAACAAAGCCACAGACAGCAAGUGUGUCACUUGCCAAGCUGCUAAAGUGUCAACAGCUGAGAGUACGAAACAGACGAUGAGCUCAAGUCCGAGUGGCUCCACAAAGGCAGCAGCCUCUCCAGUGGGGAUGCUGGGCUUUGGAGACAAAUUCAAGGCAGCGCCUGGAACGUGGGAUUGUGAUACUUGUCUGGUCCAGAACAAACCUGAAGCUACCAAAUGCAUAGCAUGUGAGACACCAAAGCCUGGGAUGGGAGUAAUGCCUACUCUGGCAUUGCCAGUGACCACAGAGAGCUCGGUGACUGUGACGUCCUCCUCCAGCAGCACUGACACCACAGUCACUCUGGGCUUUGGAGACAAGUUUAAGAAGCCAAAAGGCUCUUGGGACUGUGCAACAUGCUUUGUAUCAAAUAAGGCAGAAGAUAGCAAAUGUGUAUCCUGUCAGUCCGAGAAACCAGGGAGUUCAGUGCCUGUGACCAGCAGCAGUGCGUCUGCAUUUGCUGCUCCUUCUGGAGAACUUCUGGAUUUAGACAAAUUCAAGAAGCCUGAAGGAAGCUGGGAUUGUGAGGUCUGCUUGGUCCAAAACAAACCGGAGGCCACAAAGUGUGUAGCCUGUGAAAGUGCAAAGCCAGGCACCAAAGCAGAGUUCAAAGGUUUUGAUGCUUCUGCUGUGUCCACAAAUGCUGCAGUGCCAUCAUUUACAUUUGGUGUUCAGUCAUCAUCCUCUGAUUCUCAAACAUCGAGUACCACAGGAAGUUUUAAAUUCGGAGAACAAGGGAGCUUCAAGUUUGGCAUUGCAUCUGAAUCUGCAUCUUCUAACGCUGCGCCUGGGGGAUUCAAGUUUCCCAGCAGUUCUGGGAACUUCAAAUUUGGAGUUUCAUCCUCGGACUCUAAAUCAGAAGAGAAUAAAAAGGAAGAUAAAAGUAACAAUUUUACCUUUGGCCUUCCGUCUACAAGUAGUCCAGCUCCUUUAACGUUUCAGUUUGGGACAGCAAGCCUGGGACAGCAGGAAAAGAAAGAGCAACAACCAGUAUUGGGAGGUUUCAGUUUUGGUUCAAGUUCUACUUCUUCCAUAACUACCAAUGAGAAUAAAACCGCAGUCGCUGGCUUCACUUUUGGAACCGUGGCAGAAAAUGAAGUUGCGUCAGCUUCUUUUGCAUUUAAGAAACCAGAUGAGAGAAAGGACGAAACUCCUUCAACCAAGGGAGGCUUCUCUUUUGGUAACGUGGAGUCGACACCUGCCUCGCAGUUUGUUUUGGGAAGGACAGAAGAGAAACAGGAUUCUGUCAGUUCUGCUGCUCCGUUAGUGUUUGGGAAGAAAGCUGACAGUGAAGAGUCAAAGGCACAACCUGUCUUUUCCGUCGGGCAGUCUGAGCAUACCAAAGAAGAAAGCACAGCAAAACCUAUGUUCAACUUCAGCUUUGUUAAACCAUCAGAGAAGGAAACCGAGCAGGCAAAGCCAGCUUUUUCAUUUGGGGCCCAAGCCAGUACUUCAGAUCAAGGAGCAGCAAAGCCAUCCUUCAGCUUCUUGAGCUCCAGUUCCUCCAGCACAGCUGUGCCCACCACUUCAGCCAACAGCAGCAGCGUGUUUGGCAGCGUCACCUCUUCCUCCAACCCUGCGCCGGUUCCCACUCCCUUCGUGUUUGGGCAAGCCAGCAACACUGUGAGCAGCACUGCUUUUGGCAAUUCUGCAGAAUCUACAGCAUCUCAGUCAUUUGGCUUCUCUCAAGAAAGCAAACCAGCAACCACAUCUUCCACCACUGGUGCAGCAGUUGCUCCGUUUGUCUUCGGUUCAGGAGCCAGCAGUAGCAGUGCAGCAAGUUCUGGCUUUACCUUUGGAGCCACGGCCACAUCAAGUUCAACAGGGUCGUCCUCUUCAUUUGUCUUUGGGUCUGGGUCUUCAGCGCCUGCUGCUGGCCCGGCCUUUGGUGCCGGUCAGCUACCAGCAUUUGGCCAGAGCCAGGGCCCCGGCCAGCCGAAUGCUCCCAGCUUUGGAUCCCUGUCAACAACGCUGUUUUCAGCUGGCCCUCAGCCUGCGCCUCCUGCCUUCGGCUCUGUGACGAGCAGCACUCAGCCCCCUGUGUUUGGACAGCAGUCGAGCCAACAACCGGGUUUUGGCUCCGGCACCUCCAGUGCUGGUCCUGUAUUCCAGUUUGGAAGUAGUACUUCUAAUUUCAACUUUACAAGUAACCCAGAAGUAUUUACUUUUGGUGCAAAUCCCCCUGCACCAGCAGCACCGGUACAGCCUUCUGGCUCUUCAGGAUUUUCAUUCAGCCAGCCUCCAGCAUUUACAGUGGGGACUACUGGAAAAAAUAUUUUCUCUGCCUCUGGAUCUUCAGUUUCCGGUCGGAAGAUAAAGACUGCAGUUAGACGUAGAAAGUAAUCGCCGAUUGGUAAAGCAACUUUGAGAGCAGCUGCUGCCCUGCAUUGUUCAGUUGUUGGGAUCGUACCUCAUGCUGGGUUAGCUGAAGUCAGAUCUGCCUAAAGGAAUAUAGAACUCUGCUGCCCUUUCCUUCCCUCCCUCCUUUAGUUUUUUUGUAACGAGUAGAGUUGGCACCGGGGCCGUUCUCAAGCAAAACUAUUUUAGAAUCCAGCAAGUUACUUCUGUCACUGACUCGGCAUGGUUCGGCUAUAGAGAUGCGCACAGCCCGCGCAGUGAAUGGCUUGUACAAUACCUCUUCAUCUGCACCGCUCCGUGCGCCCAUCCGCGUUUACCGACGCCUCCGAAAUGUAAUUAUACCAGUGAGGGGUUCUGUAUAGAGUAGAGAAUGUUGGUAACGAAUGAUUUCUAUGCUGAGUUUGUGCCGGUGUAUGUGUGAAGUGAGUGAGUUUGGGUGUAUCGUGCACUAAAAUUUUCUGAUAGAGGAAGACUGAUUACAGGACGAUUCAUGCUAAGGACUUGUUAGAUCUGUAGUUCUCCAUUUAAUAAUUAUAUGCUAUUUCUAUAUUUUCAUUCUUACAGCCCUUUAUCACCUGUCUCGCCUUUGUUAUUUUAUUAUGAAACGUGUAAAUACAGUUUUGUUUCUCUAUGUACUUUUUUGGCAUAACAGAUCUGUGAAAUGGAAAUUUUAAUUUUGUGUGUUACGGCCAUUUUUGUUUAGUAUUGUCUCAGAUUUUAUUAUGUAAAUCCCAUUAUUCAAAGUUGCCUAAAUCCAUUUAGAAAAUCUUUAAAAUUGGGAAUUCUUAAAGUAAGUUUAUUGGCUUUUCUGAUCCAUUUUUGUUUGGACCAAAAACCAGUAUUGUACAAAGUAUUAAGUAUAUAUUUUUAUAUUUACUGAAAUGGACUGUGGUGACUUUGGAUAAUAAGGAAAAGUUUAAUAUUAAAGCCAUGUUUAUUACAGUAUAAUUAACAUGUUAAACCAUGGGAUAAAUGCCAUCAAUAAAAAUAUGAAAUAUUG